AUGUCGUCAGUCCUGGACGUGCCAUACGACACGAGAACACCGACGGAGCUCGACGUCCUGAGCUCGAAAUAUCUGGAGGACGAUUUGAGCGAUAAGAUAACUGAGGUGGAUCUGUUCCUGGAGAACUGCUCAUCGCUAUACAAUCUCAUCCUUGACGCUCUACAUGAUCUAUCGUCAAAGGCACUCUCAUGUCAACACCUGGAUGAGAUGGCGAAUUCUGUAGCGGCGGCAGGACGAUUACUUGUCGCCAAACGACCGGAAACAGAAACCACGGUCGCACUUCGCAUAAAUACAAUCAAUUCUGCGAUGGAACAACUGCGAUUGCGGCGAUGCACAUCUGAUUCGGAUACUUGCAGUUCACGUUCGCAACCGUCAUCCGAGCUACGCGGUUGGAUCCAUUCGCAGGAGAAGCGACUACUGGAGCUGGAGCAGCGCCUGAAGGAAGGCGUUGGACUGACAAAGCUGCUGUCAGAUCAACAGAUCCUCCAGCUCGAAAUUCAAAGCGACGGUCAAGCUCUGAUCAAUCGACUCUACCAGCAGUUCAGAGAAGAGCACGACGACCGUACAGCUGAAGUGUUAGCAAAACGUAGACUCGGCUUCGACGCAAUACGUAAACGAUGGCACAAUCUCUAUCUGAACAGUCUGUGUCUUCAGUGUCGAAUUGAGGAGGCAAUCAAUCGAUUUCAGGAAAGCAGCGAUUCUGAACUCGAUCCCGACCUCAUAGGUCCACCGUCCAAACGUAUCCGCAGAUCAGCCACUGAUCUUAGGCCGGAGCGAUCGGAAGAGGAGGAAGAGACGCGUUCGAUGCCAGAGUCCAAAAAGGGAAACAACGACAUCGUGAAUAGAAUGGAACGGAGUGGUACCGACAUGUCGGUGUUCUCGGAGAAGUCUCCCGGUGUCGGUCGUAAAUGGGAUUCCGGAGUGCUGGAUAUUGGCUAUUCGAGCGGUGAAAACUCGCUUCUGGAUGUGAUCACCGACGGAGAUACAAGUAUCACCGAUAUUGAGUCGAGGAUGCGAAAACGCGGCGAAACGAUGGCAUCGGCGACGAAACUGCACGAUUUGGUCGCUUUCGAGGAGCCAAGUCACGAAAAUUUCACGGAUGCCGAUAGAGAUCCGCUUACGGAUUCUAUGCACGUCAACUGUGACGCGUUGAACGGGAGCUAUCCGGAAUACGACGAAGUGAUGGCGCUGCUCGAUGACGCCGCCAACUUGGCGCCAGCGCAUAUCUCGGACAGUUUUAACACAAAGUGGCGGGAAAUCGGCGGAAAUCCGGAAAAAUCGCGUCGACGUCGAACACGUGACGACGAUGAGGAGGCUAAGCAUUCAUGUGACGCAUCUUCCGAAGACUCAUCAGACUGGGAGUCGCGAGACGAUCGACUUAUGAACAGGUCGUUCAACGAUUUUGGCGGCGGCGGUUCAUUGCCAGGUGCUCGAAUCGAUCCGAAAUCAUCCAGCUUCCUGCUUGACUCGUCACCUUUGGAUGCUUCGUUUUGCUCCACAAAGUCCGAGCUAACUCAUGGCCAGUGUCGAACCAGGAAGAGAUUAAGAGUGAGACGCUUGCCGAGAAGUAUGAGUGAUGGAGAGCAGCUGAUUGUGAGAUCCGGUGCUUUUACGCCACAAAUUCGUCGCUCACCGCCAACGACACCGCUGGCGCGAUCUACGCGAUUACUGCAAAAAUUGGAUCGCGAUCUGUUGGCGAAUCUCGAGAGCGAUACAGCACCUGAACAGUCAGAUACACAAGUCUAUGAAUGGGACGAAUAUAAUCCCCCAGCCAAGGACGACUCGAUGAACGAACCUCCAUCACCGUUGAGCCCAGCGGUCCGCGAAGAACUUCUGGAAAUUGAUGAGGAUUUUUCGGAACAUUUUGAUGCUUGGGAUUCUCUACGUCGUCUCGUCGCUGAAAGCAGAGCGCACCUAAGAGUCGUUGAGAAAAGCAUCAACAGUGGUGAAGUGGAUGCAGCGCAGUUGGAGAAUGUACAGAUGAUCGCUCGUGCAAAUCUGCGUCAACUGGACACCGUUCUCCGAAUGUCGGGCGGACAAAACGAGGAUGUCGCCGGCCUACGCGAACAGUGGAAAUUACUCUCAGAACAAGCGGCAUCGCCUAUUCCACAACUUUUGAGUAAGGUGGAAUGUUUUGCAAAUUCGUUACGAGACCUGCAUGAAACGUCGUCCGCUUCGUCACUGAGUGCAAUGACGGACAUCAAGACGAAGGAAGAUGUUCGCCUGGCCUUGGAGGUUUUGUCGCAGAUUCAAGCCAAACUCAGCAAGGAACGAGAUGAACUGAGAGAACUCUUGUCCUCACCCCUAAUGGUCUCCGAACUCGCCGAACUCUCGUCCGAAUUUGCUUCGAUCUCCACAGAAUACGAUGACGCUGUGAAUCGGAUCAAUAGUCUUGUCAGUUCGCUGAAAAAGUUGGAUCAAGUUUGGACGGAUUGGAGUGAGCAGCUCAAAGGCAUACGCGAUCAAAUGAACCGUAUCGAAGGUUCAUUAAAGGCGGAUAAAUUCGAUCAGCUGACGAUUUCGGAGGAAAUGGAAUUGUGUCAGGAAAGAAUGAACAGCCUGGAAACGAUGUGCAAUUAUCUGACCAGUUCGCUUCAAUCCGUACAAGGCAACGAAUCCACUGCCGCUAUUCCCGAUUUCAAAUCAGAGAUCACUCUUUACGGAAAUGCUAUGGAGCAGUUGAAGUCAAAAUUCCAAGAGAUUUAUCGUAUCCCCACCCCACCGGCACCUAUUACAAUGCCCACCGAACCGCUACAAACUCCACGACGUCGUGUAAAGACCCAGUCGACGCCGACGCAAACCACAAUAACAUCUAGGAUGAACCAAAGUUUCGGAAGUAAACUCUACAGGGCUGUCGCUGAAUCCACUGCCAUCAAAUUAGGCGCUUUACUGUCCUUACUAGCCAUGAUGGCCGUCCUAUUCUACACCGGCAUUCUAGGGACGACAUUUGGUCCGCAUUUAAUAUACGUGAACGGGCCACCACCUGUUUAA